GGGCGGGAGAUUUGAAAGGAACUCGGCAGGGGCGCGGCUGGGCAGGGUGAGUCGUUUGCCAGCGGCCAGGAGAGUGGCUGUGCCACGGGCUCCAGCUCUCCUCCCCGCUUCCCUCUAAGGAUGGCCCAGAAGGAGAACGCCUACCCCUGGCCCUACGGCAGGCAGACGGCUCAGUCUGGCCUGAACACCCUGCCCCAGAGAGUCCUCCGGAAGGAGCCUGUCACCCCAUCUGCACUUGUCCUCAUGAGCCGCUCCAAUGCCCAGCCCACAGCUGCCCUUGGCCAGAAGGUGGUGGAGAACAGCAGUGGGACGCCCAACUUGUUAAUGCGGUCCUUCACGAUUGAUGACUUUGAGAUUGGGCGUCCUCUGGGCAAAGGCAAGUUUGGAAAUGUGUACUUGGCUCGGGAGAAGAAGAGCCAUUUCAUCGUGGCACUCAAGGUCCUCUUCAAGUCUCAGAUAGAGAAGGAGGGCGUGGAACACCAGCUGCGCAGGGAGAUUGAAAUCCAGGCCCAUCUGCAGCAUCCCAACAUCUUGCGUCUCUACAAUUAUUUCUAUGACCGGCGAAGGAUCUACUUGAUUCUGGAGUAUGCCCCCCGGGGGGAGCUCUACAAGGAGCUGCAGAAGAGCCGCACUUUUGAUGAGCAGCGAACAGCCACGAUCAUGGAGGAGCUGGCAGAUGCUCUGAUCUACUGCCACGGGAAGAAGGUGAUUCACAGAGACAUAAAGCCAGAGAAUCUGCUCUUGGGGCUCCAGGGAGAGCUGAAGAUUGCGGACUUUGGCUGGUCGGUGCACGCGCCCUCCCUGAGGAGGAAGACUAUGUGUGGCACCCUGGACUACCUGCCCCCAGAGAUGAUUGAGGGGCGCACACACAAUGAAAAGGUGGAUCUGUGGUGCAUCGGAGUCCUCUGCUACGAGCUGCUGGUGGGAAACCCGCCCUUUGAGAGUGCUUCACACAACGAGACUUAUCGGCGCAUCGUCAAGGUGGACCUGAAGUUCCCCGCUUCUGUGCCCGCAGGAGCCCAGGACCUCAUCUCCAAGCUGCUCAAGCACAACCCCUCAGAACGGCUGCCCCUGGCCCAGGUCUCAGCCCACCCUUGGGUCCGGGCCCACUCCCGGAGGGUGCUGCCUCCCUCUGCCCCUCAGUCUGUCCCCUGAACUGUCCCUGUCAUUUACUCGUUUGUGUCUGUGUUUGUGUGUCUGUAUGUGUAAUUGGAAGCAGGGGUCCGUGGCCUGUUCCCUUAUCUGUCUUCUACCUCCUUUUUAUUUAAUAAAAGCGGAAGCUUUUUAUACU